AUGAAUUUCGAGGCCGAGGAAUUAGAAGACACCAGUGAAAGUGGAAAGCUGAUGUACGUGUUGGCGGAACAAGAGCAGACUGAUCUUCAGAGGGAUUUUGAUCGAGCAACAACAUUUAUGACUUCAGUGGCUGGGAAUCUUGGCAGUACCAAGCUUUUAUAUUUCUAUGCAAGAUUCAAGCAGGCAACAGUUGGAAAAUGCAACAUAUGCAGGCCUGGUAUGUUCAAUUUUCAAGGGAAACAAAAAUGGGAUGCAUGGAAUGCCUUGAAGGAUAUUAGCAGAGAACAGGCCAUGAUAGAAUACAUUGAAGCAAUGGAUGAAGUUGACCCAGACUGGAGCUCAAAGGCCAUAGGUCAGAAGUCAUCUUCCAGAGGUUUUGGUGUUGGAGUCAGUACCAUGCUGGUCGAAGAAGAAGAGGAAUUGAGUGAUCAGGAGAAAUCCAUUUUUGACUGGUGCAAGGAGGGCGAGGUUGAACAAGUGCGACUUCUUCUAUCCAGUGAGGGCACCAACAUCGAACAAGUGGACGAGGAUGGUUUGACCCUGUUUCAUUGGGCGUGUGACAGAGGUCACCUGGAGGUCGUGACCUUACUCCUGGAGCGAGAGGUCAACGUGAAUGCUCUGGACCAAGAUGCCCAAACCCCACUUCAUUAUGCCUGCACGUGUGAACACCUCCCAAUCAUCGAAGCUUUGGUCAAACAUGGUGGCAACGUGAACGCAAAGGAUGCAGAUGGGAACCUGCCGGCUGACAACACAUACAGGAAAGACAUCCAUCAAUUACUAGCAAUAAGCCGUGAUGUAACAUGAUAUUAGAUCAGGGGGGUGUUCCACAAAGAUCCUAAAAUCCUAACAAUUAUGGAAAGCCUUUAGCAUCCUUUAAAAUAUUUAGUAAAAGUUAUUUUAAAAGGCAUAAAAUUUUGAUUCAAAUCAUUCAUAUUUUCUAUUAUCAUGGGAGAUUUCAUGUUCUUGAUGCGGAAUUUAUGAAGAGGCUAAAAUACUUGAAUUUUUGCUUUUGAAUAUGGUUCAUUUUAGGGCUACUAAUGGCUUUCCGUAAUGUUUAAGUCAAACUUAGAGUUAAGUUUGACUUAGAAUCUUUGUGAAACACCCCCAAGAAUCUUCAGAUGGUGUUGUGUUUUAUUAAUGCUUUCAUAAGUUUAUACACAUGUAAAUAGAAUUACAGUUUUUAAAUAUUAUGUGAAAAAGUGUCUUAUUAUAUGAGUCCCCUAUUUUGUAUUGACAAAGGUCAAAAUAUUUGUGGAUUACAAAGUCAAAUACUUUUUUUGAUAGAUCCAUUGAAACUGGACAUUAAUUGAAAUGUGUUCAGUAACAUGUAUCAAGGUGCUAGCAUGGCAAUUGAGAGGAUGAUUGGAAGAAUCAAUAUGACAGAUUCACAAUCCACAGCGCCACCUAGUGACAACCCAUGUUUAGUCAAUUUUGAGUGAUGCAUCAUGGGAAAGGUCGCCUAAAAUGUCAGCUGUGGCAUUGUAGUAGAUAAAGGGAAUUAAUUUUGGUGGGGAAAGUUCUUUGUCCUAAAUCACU